AUGGCCUCUGAUACUCAAUCAACAGGAGAUGUUCCGCCCUAUGAUGGCGACUAUUACAACCUCGGUACUUUCCAUCGACCAGCACAGACCUGGUUCGACCGGGGCCUUAUCUGGACAUACGCAUUCAACCAUGAAGAAGCUGCCGUUUGUUUUCAAAAUGCUAUUACGCAAGACCCCCAAUGCGCUAUGGCUUACUGGGGCUUGGCCUAUACAUUGGGACCCAACUACAACAAGCCGUGGCCGUUCUUCGAGGACGGUGAAUUGGAGACGACGGUACAGCGCACGCACGAAGCUGCCAAUAAUGCAAAGCAGCACGCACUCAACGCGAAACCGGUCGAGUCAGCGAUCAUUGAUGCUGUUCAGUAUCGGUAUCCCCAGGGUCAGCCAGUGACGGACUGCUCCGCUUGGAACCAAGGAUACGCGGACGCUAUGAAAUCUGCGUACGAAAGAUUUCCGAACGAUUUGGAUGUGGCCGCAUUAUAUGCAGACUCCAUGAUGAAUCUUACCCCCUGGGGUCUUUGGGAUUUGCGAACUGGUCAACCAGCUCGCGGAGCCCGAACUCUCGAGAUCAAAGAAGUGCUAGAUCGUGCAUUAGAAUCAGAGGGAGGGCUUACGCACCCGGGUCUACUGCACUUAUACAUUCAUCUCAUGGAGAUGUCUGGAGCGCCUGAAGAAGCCUUGUCAGUGGCAGACAAUCUUCGCGGACUCGUGCCAGAUGCUGGACAUCUUAACCACAUGCCCACCCAUUUAGAUAUUCUGUGUGGUGAUUAUCGACGCGCGAUUGCGUCCAAUUCCGACGCGAUCAGGUCGGAUGAAAAAUUUGUUGCCCGUGCCGGACCAGUCAACUUUUAUACUCUUUACAGAUCGCACGAUUACCAUUUCCGUAUUUAUGCAGCUAUGUUCGUGGGACAGUCGAAAGUUGCUCUGGACACGGCAGCGGAAUUGGAGGCUUCGAUUCCAGAGGAGCUGCUUCGUAUUGAGUCUCCCCCUAUGGCUGACUGGCUGGAAGGGUUUUUAUCGACGAGAAUCCAUGUGCUGAUUAGGUUCGGACGGUGGGAUGAUAUCCUGAGCCUUGACCUUCCACACGAUCCAGAACUAUACUGUGCCACGACGGCCAUGAUCCAUUAUGGGAGGGGAGUUGCGUUUGCAGCCACAGGGAAAGUGGAAGAAGCAAUUAAGGAACGAGCCUCAUUCCAGGACGCGCGGGAAAAAGUGCCGGCCAGCAGAAUGCUUUUUAAUAAUACAUGCGUAGACAUACUCGCCAUUGCGAGCGCCAUGCUCGACGGAGAGUUGGAAUACCGUCGCGGCAAUUUUGAAACUGCCUUUGCGCACCUGCGGCGCUCGAUUGAACUGGACGACGGACUUCCCUAUGAUGAACCGUGGGGGUGGAUGCAGCCAACGCGACACGCCUAUGGUGCUCUUCUUCUCGAGCAGGGACAUGUUGAAGAAGCGGCCGCGGUCUAUAGCGCUGACUUGGGAAUGGACGAUACUUUACCGCGUGCAUCCCAGCAUCUGAAUAACCAAUGCAGCGACUUUCUACCACAGAGUUACUUCCCCAAUGCUACAGUCUGGGCUGCUGAGUAUCUUUCGGCAGGGACCAACCUAUCCUUGCCGGAUAAUGAUCCGUCAUGUUCCCCGUCAUUCCAGGCUGUAUCGGUGGAUGUAUGUCGCGUGUCACUAGCUGUUCCGACAUCUGAGGAUUCAGGAAUAUUGAUGGAGCUGUGGCUGCCCCGCAACUGGACUGGUCGGCGCUUCCUGGCUACGGGCAAUGGGGGAAUGGCUGGAUGCAUCGAAUAUGCGGAUAUGGAUUAUGCCGCGUCGCAUGGCUUUGCUGUCACCGGGUCUAAUAAUGGUCACAAUGGCAACUCUGGCAAAGCGUUUUACCAACAUCCACAGGUUUUGAUUGACUUUUCCUGGAGAGCUCUGCACACAAGUGUCGAGAUAGGUAAAGCUCUCACUCAUGCUUUCUAUGGCCAAUCUCAUAGAAAGUCGUAUUACCUUGGAUGUUCCCUUGGGGGACUUCAGGGGAUGCGUUCAGCCGAAAUGUUUCCGCUUUCUUUUGAUGGUAUUGUCGCGGGGUCGCCUGCUGUUGACUUCAACGACUUGAUAUCCUGGAGAGCGCACUUUUACCCAAUUACCGGGUCUGUAGACUCGUCAAACUUCAUUAGUCAGGAGCAGUGGGAGAAAGUGAUCCACCCGGAAGUUCUUCUUCAGUGUGAUGGUAUCGAUAGAGUCAGAGACGGGAUUAUCGAAGAUCCAAUGCUUUGCCAUUUCCAAGCGAGCGCUUUGCUCUGCCACAAGAGGAAAGGCCGUCAAUGUUUGACGCCGCAGCAGGUCGAAAUCGUGCAAAAGAUUUUCAGCCCGUUCGAGGAUGACGAUGGCGCGAUGAUUUACCCCCGCAUGCAACCAGGAAGCGAAAUCGAAGCGUCCAAGGAGUUAUAUACAGGGGCGCCAUAUCCGUACUCUGAGGACUGGUUCCGAUACGUCGUGUACUCUCCCUCAUGGGAUCCGGCCACUUUUUGUAUUCAUGACGCAGAAGUCGCCGACGCCUUGAACCCAGCAGGGAUCCGAACAUGGCCAUGCGACCUUUCCGAGUUCCAGAACGCAGGCGGGAAACUAAUUGCUUUCCACGGGCAGCAAGACGGCAAGAUCACGAGCUUUAACAGCGCGCGACUCUACGACCGUCUUAUGCACGGUAUGCACAAGUCACCUUUGGAGAUGGAUAAUUUCUUCCGAUUCUUUCGUAUCUCUGGGAUGGGGCAUUGCCAGUCUGGUCCGGGAGCGUGGGUAUUUGGCCAGCUCGGUGGAUCUCCGUCAGUCGGAAUUCCGUUUGAAAAAGAGAGAAAUAUCCUGGCUGCACUGGUAGCGUGGGUGGAAGAUGGAAAGCCACCAGAUACGAUACAGGGAACAAAAUUCAUAGAUGACAAUCCUGAGGCCGGAGAAAAGCUUCGGCGCAGUCACUGCAGAUAUCCACUGCGGAACACGUAUGUUGGAGGAGAUCCAUCGUUCCCCGAGAGUUGGGCGUGUUGGUCUGGUUGA